AUGCCGACUGCCCCGUCGUCCAAGAAGAUCCACGCCGGUCCUGGCUACUACGACCUUAUCAAGGAGGCCGUGAUCAUGCUCAAGGAGCGCUCCGGCUCAUCGCGCCACGCGAUCGACAAGUACGUGGCUUCCAAGAAAGGUUCCAGCUACUCCAAGUCUCGAUUGAACAUCGCACUGAAGCGGGGUGUCCAGUCUGGUAAGCUCGUGCCGGUGAAGGGUUCGUUCAAGCUGGCCACGGUGGAGAAGAAGGCAGGAGUCAAGAAGCCGGUGGUCACUGUGUCAGCCAGGAAGGUCGUGGCUGCAAAGCCCGGGAAGAAGUCGUCCCUGAAGAAGACAACGGCCAAGAGCAGCAAGAAGCCUGCGCUGAAGAAGGCGGCAAGCAAACUUGCUGCGACCAAGAGAGCCAAGCCUGGCAAGAAGCCGGUGGCCAAGAAGAGUUUGGCCAAGAAGGUGUCGACGAAGAAGCCCAAGACGACGAAGAAGAAAGUGGUCAAGAAGUCGGCUGCGAAGAAGAGUGCUCCUGCGGCAAAGAAGUGA